GCUCGCAGCGACCCGUCGGCUCCUGAGGCGCGGCCGCCCUCACCGGUUCCGGGGUGACUGUGAGGCGACUCCACGCUUCUCCCAGCGCCUCGCAAGCGCGGCACCGGCUCAGCCCGUCCUGCCUUCGGCCCGCGGGAGGGACAAUGCUGUGUGAGUCAGAUGCACGUAUGGCGCUUGCGGAACCAGACCCCGUGGCUUAUUUUAAUUCGGAUCCUCAAGGGAACUGUGAGGUGUCACUGGAUGAUGUACUGCUCAACUCUUCAACUAGAACUGUCGAGGCGGUUGAAGAUACGAAGACAGAGGGAUGUCAGAUAGACACGCUUGGUUUGAAAGCCUCUUCACCUGCUGCCUCCAGUGUGUGGACAACACGACGUGAUGGAGAAGUCAGACUGAGGAUGGAUGAACAGGGCAUAGGCAGUGAGGCACCGAAGACAGUUCAUGAGCUAUUCCAGGAAGCUGUUAGGAAAUACGGUGAUUAUUAUGCCCUUGCAUCCAAGAAGCGUGGCCAGUGGAUAAAACUAACAUAUAAGAUGUACUAUGAUGAGUGCUGGAAAGCAGCGAAAAGCUUUCUGAAGCUGGGACUAGAGCGUUUCCAUGGAGUGUGCAUCUUGGGAUUUAAUUCUGCAGAGUGGUUUAUUGCUGACAUUGGCGCUAUCCUUGCAGGUGGAUUUGCUGUUGGUAUCUACACUACAAACUCUCCCGAGGCCUGUCAUUAUGUAGCAGAGAACUGUAGUGCUAACGUUCUGGUUGUGGAAAACCAUAAACAGCUGCAGAAAAUCUUAGAAAUUCAGCAUAAACUACCUCAUCUGAAAGCUAUUAUCCUGUAUGGGGAAGAGCUGAAAGAGAAGAGACCAAAUCUGUACUCUUGGAGCGAGUUCAUGGACCUUGGCAGAGACGUUCCAGAUACCCAGCUCCGUGAAAUCAUUGAGUCGCAGAAGCCUAACCAGUGCUGUACGCUAAUAUAUACCUCGGGGACAACUGGACAGCCCAAGGGAGUAAUGCUCAGUCAUGACAACUUGACGUGGACGGCAUCGGCAGCUGGGCGUUUCAUAAUGCUGGUAGAUGCUAAAGUAAAGCAGGAACUGGUGGUCAGCUAUCUGCCCCUCAGUCAUAUCGCGGCACAGAUGUCAGAUAUUUGGUCGGCAAUGACAUUCGGUGUGCAAGUUUUCUUUGCUCAGCCAGAUGCAUUAAAGGGCACCUUGGUAGACACCCUGCGGGAAGUGAGACCAACUGCUUUUCUGGGAGUUCCUCGUGUUUGGGAAAAAAUGGAAGAAAAAAUGAAAUCCAUAGGCGCAAAGUCAUCAGCGUUCAGAAGAAAAGUGGCGUCGUGGGCCAAGGGAGUCGGGCUGCAGACAAACCUGAAGCGAAUGAAUGGGUAUUCUGAAGUCCCAGUGAACUUCUGCUUGGCCAAGCACUUGGUGUACAAGAAAGUGCGAAAGGCCAUCGGGCUGGACCGGUGCACAAAGUGCUACACGGGGGCUGCUCCCAUUACCAGAGAGACGCUGGAAUUUUUUUUAAGUCUGAACAUUCCUGUGUUUGAGCUGUACGGCAUGAGCGAGAGCUCUGGGCCUCACACAAUCUCUCUACCUCAUGCUUUCAAGCUUACCAGCUGUGGAAAGGAAGUCACAGGCUGCCGGACACUGAUUCAUAAGCCAGAUGGAGAUGGCACUGGGGAGAUCUGCUUCUCGGGAAGGCACAUCUUCAUGGGCUACUUGAACAUGGAAGAAAAAACCAAAGAGGCGAUUGAUGAAGAUGGCUGGCUGCAUUCGGGUGACCUUGGCAAGCAUGAUAAAGAUGGAUUCCUCUACAUCACUGGCAGGAUUAAAGAGCUCAUCAUCACUGCAGGGGGUGAGAACGUUCCUCCUGUUCCAAUCGAGGAUGCUGUGAAAGAAGCUGUUCCCAUCAUCAGCAAUGCAAUGUUGGUUGGAGACAAAGCAAAAUUCCUUGCUAUGCUUCUAACACUAAAGUGCAAUGUGGAUGUGGAAACUGGUGAGCCAGGAGAUGAUCUCACUGCAGAAGCUAUCGAAUACUGUCAAAAACUGGGCAGCAAGGCGACCAAAGUCUCCGAAAUCAUCAGCAGCAAAGACAAGGCUGUCUACGCGGCUAUCCAGAAGGGAAUUUCGGCGGUCAAUGAGCGAGCUGUCUCAAAUGCUCAGAAAGUCCAGAAGUGGGUUCUUCUGGAGAAGGACUUUUCUCUCUUUGGUGGGGAGCUUGGCCCAACAAUGAAACUGAAGAGAUCUGUGGUGGCACAGAAGUACAAAGACCAAAUCGCUCAGUUUUAUGCCAACAUGGACGCACCUACUGCAAUGGAGAACGCUCUUCGGCAGUAGCCCGGAGGCUUUGUGCCGUGGACUGAAGCAAGCCUAGAGGAUGAUUCCCCAGGGAGGAUUCCCUGGUUCUGCUGAAAUAAAUGAGGCUCGGUCAUCCCGCAGCCCUUCUGAAUCGCUUAACUGUACAGUUCUUGGCCGUCGUACUGCAGUGUGGUGAGCGUGUUUGUGCCCGGUGUUUUCCUGUGUCUGUUGUAACGCUGAGGUAUUCCCGAAUAUCUCUGCUUCGUGUUUUUUGUCUUUCCAUUUUUAUAAGGGCAAUACAAUGUUUACCUUAAAUCCAUUGUACAAGUUAUGUUUUAACCAAAGUUUUCUUUUCCUGGGCUGAAUGUAAAACAAUCAGGAACUGCAAUUUUCCUGCUGAGGUAGAAAGGCAGAUUUCUUUUUAUAGCGGUGUACUUCACUCCCCCUGAUGCACAUUUAACUGCAUGCUGAUGACAUCUGAAUUAUUUUAAAUCUCUUUACCCACAAACUGUCUUCUGUCAAAGACACCGAAUGCUGUGUGACCACACACCCUGGCUCAGUGUGUACCUGGAACCUCAUGUUUGCUGGGUUGGUUUGUGCAAUAUUUUUGAGUGUUUUAUCUUCUUGAGUUAUAAUGAAGCCAUAAAUUGUAUUGUUAUAAUAGUAUACACAGCCUGCACUGUGAGAAGUGUUUUAUGCAAAGGGAUUAUUUCUGAGGCUGUGUACAAAUGUGUGUGACAGCUGGCUGUAGUUUUACAAUCAUAGAAACGUUGCCCGGAGCUUCCUGAGUGGAGUGGGACACUGGAGCGGGGGGGCUGAGGCUUUGUACCUGCACUGGUAGAGAGGAGACUACGUUAGGAACCCAGUUGUUCAAAGGUUGGUUCUUCUGAAGGUCUGUGACCCUUCCAGCAACUGUAAAGGCCCUUGAUGUUGAAUUCAUGGAGCGUUGGGACACACAGGAGCCUUCUCCAGUGCUGUGGGAAAGCACCUGGUACCAGUUGCUCCUGAAAGUCUCUAAAUGGUUCUGCAGGGGUUAUUCUGGUCUGCCCAGCACCUGGAGGGACUGGACUGCUCCUCCCAACAGCGAAUGAAGGAGUGCUUGGAAAUGUAAAAUUUCAAACUAGAAAUCAUUCCCUGAACACCAGUGGUUCUGGGCAGCAGCCCACGGCCAAAGGCGGAGCAGCCAGCACCUGUGAGGGGAAGCAGGUGCUGUACCAUUAAUAACGCAACUAGCACAGCAGCUCUGUACCUCCAGCGCUGCUCCCUCUUGGAGCCUCGCUGUGGUGGGUGUUAACAUGGAACUGGGCACCUUAGGCGGGGUUUAAACCUAAACCUUUGUAUCUGCUCUGGGCUCAGUGAAAUUCCACUUGCACAUGUGCCUACAGCCCCGUAUGGAAGGGUGAGCAAUGCACUAUUGUAACUGCUGCUGAUCUCGUGCAAAUGUCUGUGUUCUCAGCUGUAUGAAUUUGAAGUGUCUCCAGUGUUCAGAGAAAUGCCUAAUAAAUAAACUCUGCAGUUUGUGUCUCUUAA